AGUUGAGAUCUCAGUGUCCUUUAUACCUACUUCCUUUUUGUCCCUUUCCAGCGUUCAAGAUGUCGAAGUGAGGACGUGGUGGGUCCUCUGGUGCGAAAUUCUGGAUUUCCUUGGGUCUUCCAGUUGGAGCCAUGACCAACUGUGCUGACAACACAGGAGCCAAAAAUCUGUAUAUCAUCUCUGUGAAGGGGAUCAAGGGACGACUGAAUAGACUUCCUGCUGUUGGUGUGGGUAACGUGGUGAUGGCCACAGUCAAGAAAGGCAAACCAGAGCUCAGAAAGAAGGUACAUCCAGCAGUGGUAAUUCGACAACGAAAGUCAUACCAGAGAAUAGAUGGUGUGUUUCUUUAUUUUGAAGAUAACGCAGGGGUCAUAGUAAACAAUAAAGGCGAGAUGAAAGGUUCUGUCAUCACAGGACCAGUUGCAAAGGAAUGUGCAGACUUGUGGCCCAGGAUUGCGUCCAAUGCUGACAGCAUUGCAUGACUCUUCGGUGUAUUUGUAAAAGAAAAAAAUGAUAAUAAAAAUUAUUUUCUCCAAAAAAAAAAAAAAAA